AUGAACUGCCAAACUUAUUAGUGCCUUUGUAGCAAUGGCAAGGUCUUGUAAACAUCUUCUUCUCCAAAAACUUAUAGCAACAUUAUUGAUCUUUAUAAAUAUUUGGUUGCUGAUAAGACCAUCAACUUGUGACUUCGCCGAAGACCGAGCAGAGUGUGCCGACAAGCUUGUAGGGCUUUCGGCGUGCCUGACAUAUGUUCAGGCAAGUGGUGGUGCGAUGGCGCCGAAGCCGACGCCGGAGUGUUGUUCGGGGUUUAAUGAAGUAGUUACAAAGAGUCUCAAAUGUGUGUGUGUUCUUAUUAAAGAUAGGAAUGCACCUGGUUUGGGUUUUAAGGUUGAUGUCCAACGAGCUCUUACUCUUCCUCCCAAGUGCAACGUCCUUACUAAUGUUUCUGAUUGCCCUAGGUUGUUGGAUCUUUCUUCCAAUUCACCACAAGCUAAGGAGUUCCUUCAAUUUGCUAAUGAACUUAAAAAUGGAACUCGCACCAAAAGCGCCAGCGUCAAUGUUAAAGGCAACACAGUGGACACACCUUCAAAUGAUGGGUGGAAAAAGAUAAUGGGCUUGGAUUUGGAGUUGAGAUGUGUCUUGGAAAAUGGAUUUGUUUCUUUGCUCUUCUUCUCUAUAUUAAUUUCAAUGUAUUCUAGCAUCUUUCUGUAUUUUAAUUUUCAAUUUAAUAAUGGAUCUUGGUAGUAGAAAAUAAUAAUUGUUUGUUGUGCC